GCCUAUUUUGACACAAAGGGAAACUGGCGCUCAAAGAGCUGCACAGAACCCCUGGAUGGUGCUCUUUGUUAUAAACCAUUGGCAAUGCAAUCAAAGUCUAUAGAGACUGAUCCACUGUGCCCCAAAACAGACAACUCCGCACAAUGGGUUCGUCAAAAGGAUUUUUGCUAUGCAUUUGAUGUGAAGAUCUACAACUACUCGGUGUACACUAGCGAACAAGCCAGGAAGAUGUGCCAAACUUUAGAUCCCUCAGCCAAGCUGCUGACUAUAAAUGAUGAGGAAGAGAAUGAAUUUGUUAGUAAAUAUUUGACGGCUGAUGUGUUUAUCACUCGAAGAAUUUGGCUCGGAGUAGAUCCAAACUCAGCUGAUCAGAAAUUAUGGCUUGAUGGAUCACCCAUAAAAUAUAACCACUGGACUAAUGUUCCAACAAACACCGUCGGCUCCUGCGUUGUUUUAUUCCCAGAGACUGGCACAUGGAAUAGAAUUCCCUGUACACCUGGCAUGGGAAGAGUCGUCUGCAAAUCACCUCUAAAGUCUACUGGAGUGGGAGUUGCAGUUGGACUUGCAAUAUUCGUCAUCCUAGCCCUCAUCAUUGGGCUUGUCAUCUACCUCUACAAAAGGCGGCACCCUCUCUUCUUCUCAUCCAUUCGUUACCGACGAGCAGAAGAUCAGAUGGAGUCCAUGAUUGAUUAUUCUUAG